UCCCUCUCCCAAGCCCGCCAACACCUUAUUUCUCCCCUGAAAACUCGUCCCUCUGAAGGGGGAGGAGGAAGGGGCAUUCGGGACUCCUCUUCCCGGGACAAAAGAUGAGGCCAGGAGCGACCGGGAACCCUUUCUACACCCCUCCAUGACUAUUUCCACUCGUCCCCUUUGUUUCCCGCCUGAUCCAUGACCCAGGGGCGGCCAGGGUCACGGGGGGAGAUGAAAUAAGGUCUCAACAGGUCUGCUGGCUGGGUGAGGGAGGGGGUGUUGCGGUCUUCCACGGGGAUGGCGAGUAAAAGGAGAAUUUAUUGAUUCAGGAGGCAAGGCAGACGUUUUUUGCGGCCCCUAGCCUUGGGGCAGGAGCCAGGCCGAGCACCGCAGCUACUGACAACUGCCCACCAUCCCUCUACCACAGCUUCUGGGGGAGAGAUAAGGGGACCCCGUCUUAGUGGGGGAGAUUUCUGGUGCUCCUUCGUCUCUCUUGUCUCACUUCCACUCAUUAUUUUCCCUCGUGCCUCCUGUUCACGCCCCCCCUUGCCCCCGCGUACCCUCAGGUGGGAGUAAAUGUGUGUGAGUUGGGCAGUAUAUGAGGUUCUAAGUGGCAUGCUAAUAGAUGUGCUUCCUUUGCAAAAUAGCUGCAGCCUCCGUGUGACUUCAGUGUUGUGUUGUUGUCUUCUGUGUGACUUGUAUGGGACUAGUCUCCGUGGUGAUGGCUUAGAUCGACUGGAGAACUUUUUUGAAGUUAAUUUAUGACUCCGAAAUGACAUGUUUUAUAUACUCUUUGGCUGAUUACUGCCGGUUUAGUGAUGGUAAUCAGAAGCAGUUCCAUAUAUCUGUGUUGACAUUUGUGUGUACAAUAUCUGCUUUGAACACCUAAAUGUUCAGUAUUCCGGACUACCUGGUUUUGAAUUGGAAUAGUCCUGGCGGGAACAUGAGCUAUCUUCCCCCUUGGGCGCCUUCCUCAGGGGGCGGCCACUAUCCCCCACAUAUGUUACCCACGUCCUCCUCCACAUCCUCCACCUCCUCCGGAUCCCUGCCACCAUCCCACACCACAAACAACACCACAUCCCAGGGGGGCCUCAACACCCCCUCUGUCUACCAGACCCUAUCUCCGGUGGUCAAGACGUCGUCACCGACCAGUGUCUCGGUCACCCAGUCCAUCAACACGCCCAAGACAUCCACCUUACCCACAUCAGGUGCUCCGGCCUCAUCCACAUCCACGUCAUCCUCCUCUGCACAGUCAUCCGGCACCACCAUGUCUCUGGGCGACCCGUACGAGCCCCAGGGAUUCCAGAGGCCACACACGCCCCCCAAGGGAAGCAAAAGUGAUAACCCCAGUAUGAGUGACGCGCCACCCCCAGAGAUGCUCCUUGCCCUCGCCGGACCAAGCUCAAUGGACCUCAAAACACCCAGAAAUUCAUUUCUUGCCUUCAGAGCGCCAGCGAAACACCUGGCCCCUGAACAGCUGCCCAGCCCUGUCAUGUUCUCCUACCAGGGCAGGGGAAGACCUCGCAAAAACUGGACUCAUGCCACAACAGGCACCACCACCACCACCACCACUACCACCACCAGUCAGCCAGUGACCUACGCCUCCCCUCUCCAGGGUCUGCCCACCAUGAUCCCAGUGACUCACCCCUCGAUGCACGCUGGCACGACUGAUGACCCGGAUGAUGAGGAGAACCGGCCCUUCAAGUGUAACUUGUGUGGGAAAGGCUUCAAGCUGAAAGGCGGCCUGGUGCAGCAUGAGCGGACCCACAGCACAGACCGCCCCUACGUGUGUCCCGAGUGUGGCAAGCUGUUCCGCCAACCCACACACCUCCAGCAGCACAUCCGCAUCCACACGGGUGACAAGCCGUACGACUGUGCCUUCUGUGGCAAGUCGUUCCGGCAGCGCACCAUCCUGAACCAGCACCUCAGGAUACACACGGGGGAGAAGCCCUAUGUGUGUAUGGAGUGCGGCAAGUCGUUCCGGCAGAAGGCCAUCCUGGACCAGCACUUCCGGACACACCUCGGAGAGAAGCCCUACGCCUGUCCCCAUCCCUCGUGCCGGAAACAUUUCCGGGAGAUGGCGGCCCUCAUCUCCCACAUGAAGUGCCAUAAGGACGUGCCGGACCCAAGGAUUGUCCUGCAGCAGGCAAAGAGGAUCAAGGAGGAGCGGCACGAAGAUGCGAGGUUAGACCCACAAAUUCUUGGGGAACAUGAUGUGUCGGAUCGAAGCCUUGGGCAGGAGGUGAUGGCCCUGGGCAGGAUAGGAUUGGAUCGGGUGCAGGAGAGGAUGGGCCAGCUUGGGCAGGACAGAGCAUCAUUGGGGCAGGACAGGGGAGCAAUAGGACAAGACAGAGGAGGACUAGGGCAGGAAAGAGGACUAGGGCAGGAAAGGGGAGGGUUAGGACAGGAAAGGGGAGGGCUGGGCCAGGAGGUGCUGAGUCCCGAGAGAUCCCACGGCCAUGAACACAGCGAAGGCUCAAGCACUGGCUCAGAGCAGAGCUACCAGGGGAACGGGGAGCAGGUGCAGCAUGAACAGGCCAGAGGUUUUCCCCAACACAAUGUGAACAGCAGCUCAGCACAGAAAUCCCCACACUCCUCCUUGUCCCAGCACUCCACAACAGACAGGCAGGGUCAGCCCUCCCCCUCCCAGUCCCUGACCUCUCCCAUACCCCCAAACAUGAUGCCCACCCCACAGAUGGCCAUGGCAAACCUCAUCCCAUACCCACACUCUAUUUUCCCAGCCACUUCAUACAUGAUGCCCCCGCCAGACCCCAGACAGUAUCACCCCCAAAGUCAGGGGCAGCACCCCUCCCGACCAAACCAGUGACUACACAUGCCAUAGUUGUUUUGUAGCGACGAGCGAGUGAGCGAGUGUCUUUCCUUUUGGUAAUCUUGAAUCAUCAUCAUCCUCCUGCACCUAGCCAGUCUUAGCCUUGCCUCUUGUUUAUGAGUUCCCAGACAUGCAGUGGUUUAUUUAUUAUUAUUAGAACUAUGCAAUAAAUUCAUCUCUUUGGGGGGAGUGAUGAGGAGUCGCAGGGCAGGCUGAAAAAGGUGAUAAAUCUACUGGGGAUGGAGGACGAAAUUUCAAGCUGGGGAGGUUGGCCGGCACUUUAAAUUUGUAGCGACGUGCAAGUUUUGGUUCGUGAUGGAUACGUGCCUCUCUAGCCGCGGAUGGUGGAUAUUCUUGGUGUAAAAGCUAUAUAAAACUGCUGUGGUGCGAAUUGGAACAGCAUGGUGGAAGACUGGAAGAUUCCCUCUGUUGCUCUGUAAAACUCACUUUCAGUCUUUGUGUUGGCCAGGAAGGUGUCAACCUUUGUUGGUGCCUGACUGGCUGUGUCACUUCUUAACUUUUGGAGCAGCAGUGUCUCUCUGUAAAUGAACGGAUUAAUUUGGUAAUAUUUAUUUUCGUAUCAUCAUGCUUGAAUUUAAGAACUCCCCUGUUGGUAUUCUCAAGUUGUGAGGUAUAAAGUAGGAGGCAUUUGUCAACACUUGUCAUGCAGCUUAUCUGAGAUGCCUGUCAUGGUGCUGCAUCAUCAGGCAGGUGAGCUGAGGGACACAGGGACACUCAACAUGGUGACAAUAUGGUGUCAAUAAUAAUAGUGAAGUAAGCAAUAUCUUGGUGAAAGAAGUUAACUGUGUACAUUCAAAAUGAAAAAUGUACAUUUUCUUGCAUUUUUCUAGUCUAAAAGAUGUUAAAAUAUCAACAUAUAACUAAGGUAUGGUGCAACCAGUUUUACUUGUACAGGCAACACACUAAGUAAUAAUACAGGAGACAUAUUUUCCACUCCUGAUCUUGCCUGUGUUAGUUAUAUUGUAUUACUUAACCGGUGCAUGACACUACUACCAAACAUGCUUGGUAACACCUUAGUGUCCCAUGGAGCCCUCGGACAAAAGACGAGCUGCAUGGAAUGUGGCAGAGCUGUUAAUGUGAGGCAAUGCUGACUGUACAGGUGGCCAAGCAGUGUUGUCUGCUGGCUGCUGUACCAGGCAUGUGUUCGUGAUUUGAAGGCUGACGGAGGAUCAUUUCCGUUUGAGGGUUGUUGAGCGUUUGUAGAAUUAUUUAUCCGGUGGCUUACUUUGGUGGCUCACUAUUGCCACUGACGAGGAGAAGGAGGAGGAGGUGACAGAGCAGCCACUAUGCUUUGACAUUCAUAUUGUUUAUCUGUUCUGUUAAACUUUACUCUUUUUUUACAUAAGGUUAGAAGUUCCUAAGAAUCAAAUAUUGUUCAGAGGCAGAGAGUGAGCAAGAGUGUGAGAGUGAGAGCGAAAGAACGAGCGAGCGAGAAAGAGAAAAGACAGAGAGAAAGCGAGAGAGAGAUAGAUAAUCGGUGAAGACAAAUUGACCCAUAGGUUUAAUACUAAGCAUUAUAUAAGGCCACUAGGUAGGGGGUGCUGUGUCUAGCUGCAUAUUAGUAGGUUGUUUAGGUUUCUUCCAUCAUAGAGUCUCAUGAUUUUGACUUUUUAAAAAUAAAAUAAAACACGGAAACGUCAUUUUACAGUCUUGUGCUUAUAAAAAAAAUAAUAAUGUUGUGUGACAGGAAUAUGUUUAGGUCGGUAGACUUUUUCUUACCCAAGUGCAGCUGUAAGAUAUAACCUGCAUCUGCCCUGUUUGUUGCAUCAGACAUUAGUUCCUCGAGUGCCGGUAGGACAGCCUCCGAGUGCCACAGUACAAGUAUCUAGAGUGCCCUCGUAGAAGAGAAGAGUGCCACUACUAAACUUCCUGGUGGGGUGAUAAGAGGCAAAAGUGUUAGUAAGCAUCUCGAGGUGCAGUGCAGAGGCUUUCGGAGUGCUGUCCUAUUGGUUCUCAGAGUGCUGAUACAAAGGCAAGAGUGCUGAGAAGGGCACUCCUCACCCUCCACCACCAGAAACUCAAGGAGGAAAUACCAUGACUCAGUGGUUUCAAAAUCUCCACUCACUGCACCACUGGAAGCAUGUGUGUUGCCUGAGGACAGCACGAGGAGAGAGCACACGAGCCGCAACAAACGAACCAUCCAUGACAGACACACAAACGGACAGACAUGGUUCCCGGCUUAUUUAAUAAUAUUCUGCGGUGUCACUUUUCUGUCUUACUGUACAUUUUGUAUUUACAAUAGAGGUAGUGCAAGCAUGUGUGUAAGAAUGGGAAUGAGGUUUUUGUAAAGGGGCAUUACAGUUUUUUUUUAUGAGAGUAUUGAUGUGAGUGUGAGUGAGUUUGUGUGUGCGCAUUGAGGGUGGCUGCAGAGAUGGUUAGUUUUGUAGUUUGCAUCAUCGGUAAUAUUAAUGACCUCAUUUUCUACAUUAUUUUGUAUCGCUGUACAGAACUUUUCUUGAUUUUUUUUUUCUGAAUAUUUUUUAUGGAACCUGUAAUGUGUCCAGUGUUUUUAGUUCUCCCAAGUUUUUUAUAUAGUUGAUUUCCUUUCUACAGUCUCUAUUUUUUGGUACAUUUUCUCCAUUUUAUCAAGAUGUCAAAAAUAACAUUACCAUCAGGAGAAACUGCACAAUUUUCACCUGUCCAAGAUGUGAGGCAGAGAGAUCCUCAUUGAUUCUGAAAAAAAAAAAAAUGCCAUAAAAGUAUCAUUUGUACAAGGUGUGUUUGAUGAUAUCCAAUGCUCAUCAACUCCUCACACAAGCACAUGUGGCUUCCUGAUACUGUCUGCUCAAAGUGUUCCUCUCAUGGCACUAAUAAUUUUUGUGGUGUCCAAGUCCACACAGGUAAACUUAAACACACACAUGGGCGGGAUUGGUGUCCUUGUUACUACUGUGCUGUGUUCACAAAUCCGUAAUUACUGUCUGUGGGGUUAACAGGAGCCACAGCAUGACAGGAGAGUGUCAAGGUGUCUCCACUUGGUUGGGGAUUUGAACUUAAGAUGUUUUUAAGAUGUGAGCUGAGCAUGAUAACCACUAUGCUGCCAAACAACUUGAAGUAGCAGUAGCAUAGUAGUGCACAUUGGUACUUUUGAUGUGGUAAAGUUGAGAGGUAGUCCAGGUGAGUAAAAAGCAUUUCAAUACUCAUUAUGGCCUCAUUUCAAAAUAUACAACCCUCAAACGUUCCAUCACACAUUAAAUGCUCAACCAACCAGA